UUAUCGAAUGUACAGAAAAAGUCAAACAACAGGGUUUCCUUCUUUAAUAACAAUAUUUUCAGCACCUAACUAUUUAGAUGUCUACAAUAAUAAAGCUGCUGUAUUAAAGUAUGAAAAUAAUGUGAUGAAUAUCCGGCAAUUCAACUGCUCACCACACCCGUACUGGCUGCCCAAUUUCAUGGAUGUUUUCACUUGGUCAUUGCCAUUUGUUGGUGAAAAAGUUACAGAGAUGCUGGUGAACGUUCUCAGCAUUUGCUCAGAUGAUGAGUUAAUGACUGAGGGAGAAGACCAGUUUGACGAACGACUCAUAUAUGGCAAUAGAAAAGUAGGUACAGCUGCAGCUCGUAAAGAAAUAAUCAGGAACAAAAUCCGGGCAAUUGGCAAGAUGGCAAGAGUCUUCUCUGUGCUCAGGGAGGAAAGUGAAAGUGUGCUGACACUGAAGGGUUUAACACCCACAGGGAUGCUGCCAAGCGGGGUACUGGCUGGAGGACGACAGACUUUACAAAGUGCCACAGUUGAGGCAAUUGAGGCUGAUAAAGCAAUACGAGGAUUCUCUCCACAACACAAAAUCUGCAGUUUUGAAGAAGCAAAGGGAUUGGACAGGAUCAAUGAAAGAAUGCCCCCCAGGAAAGAUGCCAGGCAACAAGAUGGUAUUAAUUCAGUAAACACAAAUGCCAAGGAAAAUAACGGGACUGGCAAUAACAACGCCCAGUGACUGCUCCAUGUCCAGGUUUACUCUCACACCUUGCCUGAGGAGUCCUAGAUUCAUGCUUUGUGAUAGAACAGCUGCAAUAGCCAUGGGACACCGCAAGAUCUAAUAACAGACCGCUCACACUCCUGGGAAUUGCAGCAGAUCCCUGUAUUUAAACUUUUUUCCCAAAAGAAGCAAAAUUAACUCCUAAGAACUGGACUUGUUUAGAACCUGGCACUCUCUCUCUCUCUGGUCUUUGAAUCAUGGGAAAGUAUUGGGCUGUUUUUCAUGAAAGCACAUCUAGUGUAGCAUCUCGCGCUUAUCAUUGUUGACACUCAAGUUUACAAAUGGAAAUCUGUUUUUGUUCACUAGCUAGAAUUUUUUUUUCAAUCAGAAUUUAAGUACAUCCCUCAAAAGCUAUUUAUUUAAAAGACAUUUGUUUUAUUAAAUGUCUUUGAAAGAUAGAUUAGAAUUGUCUUAAGUAUGCCGAGGCUGCAAAAUGUAUUUUGAAAAUCCACAAACAAAUGCCAAAAUGAAAAGUUGGCGGUUCUCUAGUGCUGACCUCAGGUGUAUUAAUUAGAUGUUGCGAAUUAUGUAUUAUACUCACUGUAUUUUUUAGUUUUAAGGAUUAUGGAAAGAUUUCUACAUAGGAACAUUUAUUACUUGAACACAGAUCAAACAAAUAUUUAAUUUAAAUACUUUUUUGCCCAAAAUUUGUUGAAAUUUUUUUCAAUCCUUUAAAAUCAGAAAAAUCUUGAAAAGGAAAAAAAAAAUUUUUUGUUUUUUUUUUAAAAAAAAUUAUGAUUGUUUAUUCUAGGGUACUUUUAAUUGAGCAAUGUACAUUAUGUUAAAGUAAAUUUUGAUUCAUAUCAAGUCUGUAAAGCUUGGCAUUGUAUUUUGUGUAUGCAUGUUUUCUUUUUUGCAAAUAUUUAAUAUAUAAACCUAUGAUGUACAGGAACUGCAUCUAUAGGUUAAAUAGAUGUUAUGGAUACUUUUUAGUUUAUUGUGAGUAUUGCAUUUUCUUCUAUGGCUGAUCACAUGACUGCGUAACUGCAGGAGACUUUUUUUUAAAUUCUAUUUCUGCAUAGACUAAAAGCAUUCUAAGCAUUUGUUUAGACUAUGCAGAACGUGAGACAAUUGCUCUAUCCAACUGUUAAAACAGUAACUGUUAAUCCAAGACUGCAUGGUAAUUUUUUUGAUAUUUGCCGGACUGCUGAGUUUGAAAACUCCAACAAUUUACUUAUUUGUUCCACAAAUGAGAUGUUUUGAUUUUCAUUGUAUUUUUGGUAUAUAUUUUGACAUUUAACCUUUUCAUCUUUGCAGUCACUUGAAACAUAUGUCUGUUAAAGUCAUCUCUCCAUCUCCUUUACCAUAUUCUACAAAUUGUACAUACUCCUCAUCCAGGUCGCAAAUUUUAUGCAUGUUCUGAAUUACUAAAGAGUUUUAUAACAGUAGCACACAAUACAUUUUGUGCAUGGGCCGCUGCUAUGAACAGUGUGUCUUUUUUGUAUGUCCCGCCCUUUUGCUUUUUAAUAUAAUCUAGAAUAAAAGAAUAAAAUACAGUUCCCUGAUGGCUAAAAGAGUUAAAAUUGCCACACCAUCCUGCAACAAAAAUUACUGAAUUCUGUAUAAUUUUUCAUCGAGAACCUUCUCUAAAUGUGUAAUCCCUCUAUUAUAAAAUGUAUGUUUCUUCUAUACUGCCAAACUUCUUCCUCUACAAUAUGCAACCUAUUUGCAGGCGAUAAUGUAUGAUGUUCUCCCAAAUAAAAUGAAAAUGUAUUUAAAAAGAAA